CGCACGCGAAAACAUCAAUGAAAACAUCAGAAAUCAACUGAUUUUAUUCGACCCUGAUCCUAAACACUCUUUCAGCUCGGAAUCGGGGUUUGUUAAGCGUGCACAAAAGCCAGCCGGCGGUUGGAGCUCUGCAGUCUGUCAAUCAAUCAGCGCCGGAGAGUCACGAGUGUCGUUACGUCUGACCGAUUAUAACCGGCGCUGAUCUCCGAGUCUCUAUAGGAGCUGAUGGACGCGUGAUUCUCCAUCACCUCCAUCAUGUCAGAUCAGCCCUCAUCUCCUCCAUCCGCGCAGAAACCCGCGCUCCGGUCGCUGGGGUCCUCUCAGAGUCGCUUCCAGGUGGAUCCGGUGGCGGAUGCUCCUAAAACUCCGCCGGGAUCGCGGUCCUCCGCCGGCGAGGAGUCCAAGAGCCGGGUCCGCGCGGUGAACUUCUUGAACCCGUCUGAUGCCGCGCCUGACGCCGGUGUGAACGGAGAAACGGUGAGGAGCGAGGCGAGCCUGCACUCUUCCAGUCAUUUCUCUGACACGCACUCCAGCACGUAUUACCUGCGCACCUUCGGGCACAACACCAUCGACGCGGUGCCCAACAUCGACUUCUACCGGCAGACCGCAGCUCCGCUCGGGGAGAAGCUCCUGCGCCCGUCGCUGUCGGAACUCCACGAUGAACUCGACAAGGAGUCGUUUGAGGAGGGAUUUCCGUACGGCGAGGAGCUCACGGCUGCAGAGAUCAUCACAGACAAAGACAUGUCCGAUUCCAAGAGCGGCUCGGUGAAGUUCGGCUGGGUCAAAGGAGUGCUGAUACGAUGCAUGCUGAACAUCUGGGGAGUGAUGCUGUUCAUCCGGAUGUCGUGGAUCGUGGGUCAGGCGGGCAUCGCUCUGUCCUGCGCCAUCGUUCUCACGGCUAUCGUGGUCACGUCUAUCACUGGACUCUCAACAUCAGCAAUCGCCACCAAUGGCUUCGUGCGCGGAGGCGGGGCGUAUUACCUGAUCUCCAGGAGUUUGGGUCCAGAGUUUGGAGGAUCCAUCGGUCUGAUCUUUGCCUUCGCUAAUGCUGUCGCUGUGGCCAUGUAUGUUGUGGGUUUUGCAGAAACUGUCGUUGAACUUCUGGAUAGUAUAGACGCUCUCAUGACGGAUGAGAUCAAUGACAUCAGGAUCGUCGGCACGCUUACAGUCAUCUUACUUCUGGGCAUCUCUCUCGCUGGCAUGGAGUGGGAGGCAAAGGCCCAGAUUGUGUUAUUGGUGAUUCUUGUGGCAGCUAUUUGUAACUACUUCAUUGGAUCGUUCAUCCCCUUGAAGUCAAAGGAACCUCAAGGCUUCUUCGGUUAUAACGCUGCCAUAAUGAUGGAGAACAUGGGUCCAGACUUCAGAGAUGAUGAAACCUUCUUCUCCAUCUUUGCUAUCUUCUUCCCGGCCGCCACAGGAAUCCUAGCAGGAGCCAAUAUAUCAGGAGACCUGGCGGAUCCGCAGUCAGCGAUUCCUAAAGGAACUCUCUUGGCAAUCCUCAUAACCGGAGUGGUUUACAUCGCUGUUGCCAUCUCGAAUGGCUCUUGUAUCGUGCGGGAUGCCACAGGCGAUGAUAACGACACCAUAGUGGGCUCGCUGGAGAACUGCACCGAUGCCGCUUGCAUGCUGGGAUACGACUUCUCCAUCUGCAAAGAAGGUGGCUGCAAGUACGGCCUUCAGAAUGACUUCCAGGUGAUGAGUUUGGUGUCUGGCUUUGGGCCGCUCAUCACAGCUGGGAUCUUCUCUGCCACUCUCUCAUCGGCGCUGGCGUCUCUGGUCAGCGCUCCUAAAGUCUUCCAGGCCUUGUGUAAGGAUAAACUUUACCCUGGAAUGCAUGUGUUUGCCAAAGGAUACGGGAAGAACAAAGAGCCUCUGCGUGCUUACGUCCUCACCUUCAUCAUCGGCCUGGCCUUCAUCCUGAUCGCUGAGUUAAACAUCAUCGCUCCCAUCAUUUCCAACUUCUUCUUGGCCUCUUACGCCUUGAUAAAUUUCUCUGUUUUCCACGCGUCGCUGGCGAACUCCCCAGGGUGGCGUCCGAGUUUCAAAUACUAUAACAAGUGGGUGUCGUUAGCCGGAGCCGUGCUGUGCUGCGUGGUGAUGUUUGUGAUCAACUGGUGGGCGGCGCUGUUCACCAACGUCAUCGUCCUGGCGCUCUACAUCUACGUCAGCUACAAGAAACCAGAUGUGAACUGGGGUUCGUCGACACAAGCGCUGAUGUACAAUCAGGCACUGACUCACAGUCUGCAUCUCACGGGGGUUGAGGACCAUAUCAAGAACUUCAGGCCUCAGUGUCUCGUAAUGUCCGGAUACCCAAACUCAAGACCAGCGCUGCUGUAUCUAGUGCACGCUUUCACCAAAGACGUGGGCUUGAUGGUCUGUGGCCACGUGCGCACGGGAUACCGUAGGCCGAACUAUAAGGACAUGAUGAACGAGCAGGUGCGCUAUCAGCGCUGGCUGCUAAAGACCCGAAUCAAAGCCUUUUACACUCCUGUGUUUGCUGAUGAUCUCAGACAAGGAGCCCAGUAUCUCCUGCAGACCACUGGUUUGGGUCGCCUAAAACCCAACACACUGGUGUUUGGCUUUAAGAACAACUGGAGGGACGGUGAGAUGAAGGAUGUGGAAACCUACAUCAACACCAUCCAUGACGCGUUUGACCUGCAGUUCGGGGUGGUUCUCUUGAGACUGAAGGAAGGUCUCGACAUCUCUCACAUUCAAGAUGAAUUUCAGACCUCGCAGGAGAAAGCUCCUGGAAUGAAGGAUCUCUUGGUGUCCAUCAACAUCAAAGACUUUGACAGCGAUUCCUCAAAACCGUCAUCUAAAUCCACCAGCUGCCAAAGCAGCCCGCUCAUCUUCAGAGACACCAAGAAGCCUCCGAUGCAGCUCAGUCCUGCGGAUGAGAAACUUCUGGCCGCCAGUCAACAGUUCCAGAAGAAACAGAGCAAAGGAACCAUCGAUGUUUGGUGGCUGUUUGACGACGGAGGCUUGACACUUUUGAUACCGUAUUUGCUAACCAACAAAAAGAAAUGGCGCGACUGCAAGAUCCGUGUGUUCAUUGGAGGAAAGAUAAACAGGAUUGACCACGACCGCAGAGCAAUGGCGGCAUUGCUCAGUAAGUUCAGGAUUGACUUCUCUGACAUCACCGUUCUUGGAGACAUCAACAUUAAGCCAAAGAAGCACAACAAGAAGAUGUUUGAGGAAAUGAUCGAGCCGUACAGACUGAAGGAGGACGACAUGGAGCAAGAAGCCGCUGAGAAACUGAAGGCUGAAGAACCGUGGAGGAUCACAGAUAAUGAGCUGGAGCUCUACAGGGCCAAGUCGAAUCGCCAGAUCAGACUGAACGAGCUUCUGAAGGAACACUCGAGCACAGCCAACCUCAUUGUCAUAACCAUGCCGCUCGCCAGGAAGGGGACGGUGUCCAGCGCUCUUUACAUGACCUGGCUGGACACGUUAUCUAAAGAUCUGCCACCAAUACUUCUUGUCCGAGGAAACCAUCAGAGUGUUCUGACCUUCUACUCAUGAAGAGAACGUGAAGUGACUGUGUUACAAUCAGUACAUUUGUAUAUUGACCUGAUUUGUUCGCCGUCGCCAAAUCGACUGACAGUAUUUUUAAUAUAUUGAGCUGAAAUAACCAGUGCUACAGAAAUGUUCAAGUUUAUUUGUUUAUAUAUUUUUUAUGUAACGACA